AUGUCUGCCACCGUCCACGUCAAGGGCAUCUCCGCCCAGACCAGCGAGAAGGAGGUCCGCGACUUCUUCUCCUUCUGCGGCAAAAUCCAGUCCCUCUCCGUCAAGCCCGAGACCAGCGACUCCGCCUCCUCCCAGAGCGCCAGCGUCACCUUCGAGAAAGAGACUGCUGCUAAGACCGCCCUCCUGCUCGACAACACCCAGCUCGGACCUUCCCAGGUCAACGUCACCGCCGCCUCCUCUCUCGACGACCUCUCCGGCGGCAAGCCUGCCUCCAACGACAAUGACGAUCUUGCGCAAGAGGACAAGCCACGUGCUCGCGUCGCCGCCGAGAUGCUUGCUCACGGAUACGUUUUGAGCGACCAGGCCAUCCAGCGAGCUCUUGCCCUCGACCAGCAACACGGCAUCAGCACCCGCUUCAACAAGGCCCUCCAGGACUUCGAUACCAAGUACAAGGUCACCGAGCGUGCGCAGCAGGCUGACAAGAGCUACGGUGUCUCUGCUCGCGCUGACGCUGGCUGGCGUGGCUUGAACUCCUACUUUGAGAAGGCCCUCGGCACCCCAACUGGUCAGAAGAUCCGCGCUUUCUACGAGCAAGGCCAGAAGCAGGUAUUGGAUGUUCACAACGAGGCAAAGCACCUUGCCACCCUCAAGAAGGGCUCUCCGGUCGGCCCCCCUGAGGAUGCCGGACAAGGCCGCACCAAGUGCAACUGCGGAGCUGCUACUGGUAAGUCAUUCCAUCUCACCAAGCCUCACUCGCUCCUACCAUUUCACAUGCUAACCGCCACCUUCAUGCAUAGGUAUCUGCCCAUGCGAGCCUGGCAAAUGCGCGUGCAACAGCUGCGGCAAGAACCCAGAAGCGAAGACUACCUCGGUCACGCCGGAACAAGCUGAGAUGGAGAAGGUGCAGGUCGACGGCAAGGAGAAGACCAAGUGCAAUUGUGCAGCCGACGAGAGCAAGUGCCCAUGCGAGCCCGGCAAGUGUGCCUGCGCCAGCUGCCCCAAGUCCUCGUAA